CCAUUCGAAACAAUGAAAUCGUUGAUCGAAAGCAUUGCCUGUACAUCGGCUCAAGGCACCAAAAAGAAUGUUUUUGCGGAAGGAAGCAUGGAUGAACAGGUGGCAUUGCCAUCAACAAGCAGAAGCAAUAAAAAACCAAGUCCAGUGAGAGGUACGAAACGCGGUUGGCGAAAUCCCGACGUGAACAUGAGUCCAAAGCGUCCAAAACUCAAUACAGGCAAGUGA